AUGGGCAGCAUCAGGAACAGCAAGGAUGGCGUGGCCGCUGCCACUGCACCACAGUAUCCCGAUGAGAAGAAGAACGACUACAAUGCAGCAGAGGUCGAGAGAGUACUGAGCCACGAUGAUCUGCGAAAGCAAGACUACAGCCGUAUGGAUGCUGAAGUCGCGAAAUAUGCCAAUGCCGAAGCCGUCGUGAUCAGCGACUCAGAAAACAAGAGAUUGAAGAAGCUCAUCGACAAGCGUGUUCUGACCAUCAUGGUCUUCACAUACUUCCUGCAAGCUCUGGACAAAGGCACACUCUCCUUCACCUCGAUCAUGGGUCUUCGCGAGGACCUCAACCUUGUCGGACAACAAUUCUCCUGGCUCACAACAUGUAUUUACAUCGCCAUCUUGAUCGUCGAAUACCCCAUCAACUGGCUCGUGCAACGCCUGCCCAUUGCCAAAUUCCUCGGAACCUGCAUCAUUGUCUGGGGCACAAUCCUCGCUCUCCAUGCUGCAGGAAGCAACUUCGCAGGCAUGGUCGCGCUACGGACUCUGCUGGGUAUCUUCGAAGCCGUCUGCCAACCGACGUUCCUCAUCAUGAGUUCCAUGUGGUACAAGCGAGAAGAACAAGCUCUCAUCGUCAGCUGCUGGUACGCCAUGAACGGUGCGCAACAAAUCGUCGGUGGUCUGCUGGCAUACUGCUUCUCCUUGAUCGGUAACGAGGGUGCCGUGAAGUCAUGGCAAGCCAUUUUCAUCGCAUACGGAGUCUUCUCUGUAGGCUGGGGAGUGUUCGUCAUCUGGUUCUUGCCAGAUUCUCCCAUGCGAGCCAAGUGUUUCACUGAGGAAGACAAGCGACUGAUGGUCGAGCGUGUGCGAAGCAACCAGACUGGUCUGCAGAACAAGACGUUCCGAAAGGAGCACUUGUGGGAGGCAUUGACUGAUGUUCAGUGUUGGUGCUACUGCUUGAUUCAGAUUUGCACGACUUUGCCAACUGGUGGUCUUGGAGCUUUCGCCAACAUCAUUAUCAAAGGUCUCGGAUUCACGACUUUGGAAGUGCAAUUGUUGGCCAUGGUUCUUGGUGCUUACAUCAUUAUUGUUCUUUUCAGCUCUGCGUGGCUGGUCAAAAAGACUGGACAGAACAUUCUAAUCAUGGCUUUGUUCUGUUUGCCAUCAUUCGCCGGUACCAUCGUCCUCAUGACGGUCGAAAACACAAGCGUAGCGACAGAAGCUGGACUCCUGUUCUCCUACUACAUCGUUCUGUCCUUCUGGGCAGCACAAGGUUUGGGAAUGAGUCUGCUCUCUCGGAACGUCGCUGGUCAAACCAAGAAGAGUGUCGCAGUGACGAUGAACUUCAUCGCAUGGGCUGUCGGUAACGCUAUUGGACCACAAGUCUUCCUCGCAUGGGAUGCUCCGCGCUACUUCAUCGCUUUUGCGACCCACAUCGGAUGCUAUACUCUGCUCAUCCUCACGUUGAUCGUCCUAAGGCUCACGCUGAUGAGGCGCAAUGCGAAGAGGAAUAAGAUCGCGGCUGAAGGUAUCGAUGAGGCGAACGACAAGGACACUACCCAUGCGUUUGAGGAUUUGACUGAUAAGGAGAAUGCUACCUUCCGCUACCAGUAUUAGGCAGGCGAUAGUAAUUGUGUAUGUACAGCGUGGGAAGUAAGAAGUUCAGUGAUUCCCGAGGCACUGAAAAUUUCGUCUCGGACCAUUAUUCCACCAUGACUAUGACUCCUGUUGCUCUUCUGUGCUAGUUCUGAACACCUCGACCACUUGCGUGCAGCAGCAUGUUCUGUCUUUCGACUUGGUUCAUACAAGAGACUCUCCAUCACGCGGGCCAGAAUCUGCAGGGGAGGUGGAAGUCUUGUCAUCUCCGUGAUCGCUCU